ACAGAGCUCGAUUCAGUACAAACCUUCCCUUUUGAGUUCUGAUUCUUCCUUCCACACAAAUGGCUUCCAUCAGGGCUGUUUCCAUUCUCGCUUUGCUACUUGCUCUGUCCGUCAUUGUAUCAGAAAGCCGCGUCGCCAGGAUGGAUUUGGGCCUCGACCUCGGCGGAGUUGGCGUCGGUAUUGGCACCGGCGUGGGGUUGGGGUUAGGUGGCAGUGGCUCCGGAUCUGGGUCUGGGUCUGGGUCUGGCUCCGGAUCUGGGUCCAGUUCUGCUUCGUCAUCGCACUCCUCAAGCUCCAGCUCUGGCUCUGACGCUGGGUCCGAAGCUGGUUCGUACGCCGGCUCUUACGCUGGGUCCGGAUCGGGUAGAAACAGAAACGGGGGAUCUGGAUCUGGGUCGGGGUCGGGGUCUGGAUAUGGUGCGGGUUCUGGCAGGGGAAGCGGCUCUGGCGGCGGUGAAGGAUAUGGAGAAGGGCAUGGUUAUGGGAAUGACGGCGAGAACUGAGAUGAAAGUGAAAACUAUGAAAAAAUGGAAUUAAAUAAGGAUGAUCAUCGUUUUAUUUUUGUAGAUAGAUGAAUAAAGGGGCUAUGGAUGAUGAUGAAUCCCUGAUUAUGUUCUUGCUUUGUUCUUCCACCCAGUUUGAAUCAUGUAGCAUCUCUGUAUGCAGUACUUAAUAAAAUUUGGAUUCAUCA